AUGUCAACAUUCAGCGGAUUUAAGUUGACUCUUGACAAGAUUUACGCUCUUUUAAAACACGCCAACAACCCACAUCUUCGACUAUCUGCAAUUCAUAUUGCCGGCACAAACGGGAAAGGAUCUACUUCGGCCUAUAUUGAUUUUAUUCUCUUAAAAUCAAACUUUAAAACCGGCAGAUUAAACACUCCCCACCUUUGCGAACCUCGUGAUUCCAUCAGAAUAAAUGGCGUGCCAAUCACGAAGGAAGAUUAUCAAAAGACUUAUAGCAUUAUUAAGACAAUAGAUUCCAAUCAUAACAUUGGUGCAAGUUUGUAUGAGCUAUUGGUUGCUACGGCAUAUUGGUGGUUUGAUGCUCAACGGGUUGACGUGGCUAUCGUGGAAGUAGGAGUCGGAGGACGAUUGGAUGCUACCAAUGUCUUUGAUUCACCUAUACUCAGCAUAAUUACCUCAAUUGGAUGGGAUCAUGAAGAACUCUUGGGGAACAGCAUUGAGGCCAUCUCAAAGGAGAAAGCUGGCAUCAUGAAACCAGAUUGCAAAGUCAUUAUCUCUCCACAAAUCGAAGAAGCUGCAAUGAAAACCUUGAAAAAUUGCGCCAUCGAAAUUGGUUGUUCACAUUCGAUUUGUGUCAUGCCUGCAAAAUGGAGUUCACAAAAGAUCGGAUAUGCUUCGCUGGAGCUCUUGGACAGCGUUCCUAUCGAAUUUCAUGUACCACUGUUGGGCGAUUACCAGUUGAACAAUACAGCCACAGCUGUUACAGCAAUCGAUCUUCUGAGGAAGACUGAGGUCAGAUUUUCCAAAAUCACUGAUGACAAUAUCAAGGAUGGGAUAGCAUCAACACGAUGGCCAGGCAGAUUACAAUAUAUAGAUGUUUCAUCCAUUUUGGGUAAUUCUGUGACCGAGAAGCUAUUAGUAGACGCCGCGCAUAAUCCUCAAGGAGCAAAGUUACUUCGAGAUUUUAUCGAUAAACUUUUGCAAAAGAAGGACAUUCAAAAAGUUCAUUGGAUUUAUGCUGCUACCAGGGGAAAAGACGUACGAAAAUGUCUUGAUUUGCUGCUAAGAGAUGGUGAUACAAUGAUCGCCAACACAUUCUCGAAAGUUGAAGACAUGCCAUGGGUCAAUUGCUGUGAGACAGAAGACCUUGUCACAUGGACAAAGGAAUUGAACCGAGAAAUCAAUAUCAGUACUGCGAAAAACCUAGUAGAUGCACUGCAGCAAGUAUACGGUAGGUAUGAGAAAGAGGGUGGAGUUGUAGUUAUGUCCGGAAGUAUAUAUCUGCUCGCAGAUUUGUACAGAUUGCUUGAGAUAAAUGAAUAA